CAUUGACCCAUGCAUAUACUAACGAGACAGUAUAUAUUCUUGAUUAAAGAUUGAACAACUGCAUACUGGACAUUUUUCUGAAUCAUAGGACCCUAAUAUAGUUACAGUCAUAUAUCAGGGAGAACAGCAGAGCUUGUUCAGUGAAAUGACUGCAGAACCCAAUGAGCGUAACAAAAACAGACAUUCAUCACCAAUUCCUGGCAAUAAGUCCUGUGUCCUGUGAGUCCUGAACGGAGGACAGAAACCUCCUUAUCUCCUCCAGACCUCCCUUCCUGAUGAUAGAAGACAUCCGCUAUCAGAGAAAAAGAGAGAAUAAUGAGAGUUACAUCAAGCCUGUGGACGCCUGCCAACUCUAGUGUGCAGCAAGAUAAGUGCACUAGAUUUCCAUACAGUCACUGCACUGAAAGUUUCACAUGGGAAAAUGGGAACUGAUCUUCUCAUUUGCAAUUUUUCAGUUUCUUAAGGUCAUAUCCAACACAUAUGCAUAAUUCUGUAGCAAUAUUCGGAUGAAUUGUCAAAAACGACUUAAACUUUAGUCUGUUCCUUGCACAAAACUGUCAUGUGACUUUAGCAUAUAAAUUGUAUGGAGCGGUUUUAUGGGAAAGUGUUGCGUCGUAAGAAUCUUGUUUGUGUUCCUCAGAGGAAAGAAUGACGUGAGAGUGAAUCAUUUUUGGCUGCUCUGUUCCUUUAAGAGCGAGUUUAAUUUUAAACAGGGUCAUUGUGAACAGACCCACAGGCGGGGGUUCGCGUUAUAAAACCCGAGGGUCCACCAAAUGGUUCAGGAAACAAUGUCCGCUCAAACUAGGACAGAUCGCGCCGGAUUAAGCGUUAAUCUGAGUCUACUGCGCAUGCGCAGAGACGCGCGCUAGCGUUGGACAAGGUGCGCGUUCAGAGGAGAAACUCACGGCUGCGACCAAGAAUCACGAGAAAACAUCUCAGGAAACAUCUCGCUGCAGGUGGAGGAUCAGUUUCGCUUCAGUCUUGAGCGUAAUGGAAGACGUUUUCUCAGUUUUGCGCGAUCAUUUGCGCGGUCUGCUCUCUAACGCGCGCAGAUUACGCUCAAUUUGAGACGCAAAAGCGGAUUUGAGGAAGCCAACGCGUUUACUGUCAGUCUGAACAUUAAAAGCGACUUGCUUUGGUUUAAGAUUGAGCCAGAUGCUGCUGAAAACUGACUUGAGAGGACAUCUUUCCGAAAACUCAUCAAAAAAACUAUCAUCUCUUUUAUAUUAAGACUGUAGGAUCGACAAAGCGAUCCAUGUUUGUUCUGAGCCAGAUUAUGCAAACACAUCAGAACCAGAUCCGAAGUCUGUCGGCCUGCUUUGGCGUAAACAGAAUCGCUCUGAUGUGGUCUGAAGUUAUAAAUCAUCUCCCAUGACCUACUGAGCCAUGCUUUUCAGCCUCCUGUGUUCCCAAUAUGGCAAAAUGUGAACUUAUUGAACUGCAGGACUUGACUCCGGAUGACCGCAUCGAGUUAGCGCCCCCUAGCGGCCCUCCGCCCUGCACGGGGCCCACUCUAGAAAGGUGGAGCAAAGAGAAGGUGGUGCGGAUGGUGGGGGAGCGCGUGCGUCUGGAGGACCCUGACUGGCUGACGUGUAAACCGGGAUGGGGACACGACUUCCAGCCCUGCAGCCAGACGCAGCUGAGCUGGUGCGACCUCUGCGGAGAGUUCAUCUGGGGCCUGUACCGCCAGAGCCUCCGCUGCACACGUGAGUCAUUAGGAGAUAAUCCAGACCAUUUCCACUGCCAUGUCUGUCUUCUGCUGCUCUCAAGACAAUCUGGCCCUCAGAGAGCGUAAGCCAAAAGGAAAAGGAAGUUUAGACAGCGUCUUAUGUUGGAUAGAGAUUGUGUGGGUGUUUGUUGUAAAUACAUGGUUAAGGAAUUAAAUAGCAAAUCAAUCAAUAAUGUCAUCAGUUUAUUUAUGGUCAGUUAAGUCACAAAACAUAGCAAAUAAAUUCUCAACAUAAAUGCAUUGUAUUUAAAUGCAUAAAUACAACAAAAAAAAAUUAAAUAACCUUAUACAGAUUAGAUGUAAAAAUACAUGCAGUUAAUUUAAAUUUUGCCAAA